ACGUCAAUUACAAGCGCCGUUUGAGUUAACAGAACAGAAUUCAGAAAGCAUGGCUGCGAAUAUGAGAUUGCCAACUAUUCGGAAACAAGUAUCGUUAUCAUCCUCUCUGUCUGCUUUGGAUGGAAAAGAUCUAGUUGUUCCCGGUGAUGUGAUCACAUCAGAUACAGGGUUUAUGAGGGGUCAUGGGACUUACAUGGAUGAAGAAAAACUAACAGCCUCUGUGGCAGGAGAGGUGGAGAGAGUGAACAAGCUCAUCUGUGUACGGCCGCUCAAGACCAGGUUCAACGGGGAGGUUGGAGAUGUGGUGGUUGGGAGGAUCACAGAGGUGCAGCAGAAGCGCUGGAAGGUGGACACCAACUCCAGACUGGACUCUGUGUUGCUGCUGUCCUCUGUCAAUCUGCCCGGAGGAGAGCUGAGGAGACGGUCAGCAGAAGAUGAGCUCACCAUGAGAGACUACCUUCAGGAGGGGGACCUCAUCAGUGCAGAGGUACAGUCUGUUUUCUCAGAUGGGGCGCUCUCUCUUCACACCCGCAGUUUAAAGUAUGGAAAGUUGGGGCAAGGAGUUCUUGUGCAGCUAUCUCCCUCUUUGAUCAAGAGACAGAAAACCCACUUCCACAACCUGCCGUGUGGGGCCUCCAUCAUCCUGGGCAAUAAUGGCUUUGUGUGGCUGUACCCCACCCCAGGACAUCAGGACGAGGAGGCUGGAGGAUACUACACCAGUCUUGAGCCUGUCUCUCUCUCAGAUCGGGAGGUGAUCUCACGGUUGAGGAACUGCUUGCUGGCCUUGGGGGCACACAAGGUGCUUCUGUACGACACCAGUGUGCUCUACUGUUACGAGUCAUCACUCCCACACCAGAUCAAGGAUAUCUUAAAACCAGAGGUGAUGGAGGAGAUUGUGAUGAUGACACGUCAGAAACUUGUCGAACUGGAGGGUUAGAGUACCAGAUGCAACCUUCCUUAACGUAAUGGAAGGUUUGUGUUCCCUGCAUUCCAAGUUUAGGCAUCAAGGCCUUAACCACAUUGGGGACUGAACCUAAACCCAAGUUCUGAACUUGUCUCUCAAGCAGAAGAUACCGUGACCUGUAUAUCCCCUUUUUGAUACAAUCUUCUGGCUUCACCAGGAAAUGUAUUUCUCUGCAGUUUAGUUUAUGAAGCUAAAAAUAUAAACA